AUGGACGAUCUGCUGGUCGAGAUUAGGGAGCUGUUCGCCGCGCCGCUGGAGGAGACGCGGUUGGCCGACUUCUCGACGAGGCUGCAGGCCGAGUACAAGACGAGCUUGCUGGCGUCGCGACAGUCCAUGCUCCCCUCUUACCAACACACCUUACCCACCGGCAAUGAGCAUGGCGACUUCCUCGCCCUCGACGCCGGUGGCUCGACCUUUCGCAUCGCCCUGAUCCGCCUGGCCGAGAAGAAACAUGACGGUGACGGAAUGGAAGUGAGAAGGGUGCGGAGUUUUUGCAUCGACGAAACUGUGCGCAAACUCAGCGGCACCGAGUUGUUUGACUGGUUCGCGUCGCGAAUCGGCGAGAUGCUGGCCGAAUACAACCACAUGUCCGGCACGACCGAUGCACAUCUGCAAAUGGGCCUGGCAUGGUCGUUUCCAAUCGAGCAGACCUCACUCCGCACCGGGCGUUUACUAGCCAUGGGCAAAGGCUUUCGAGCGGCCCACGAACUGGAAGGCAAGGAUCUUGGGGACCUCAUCAUGAACGCGUGCCACGCGCGCGGGCUCAACGUAGACUUGCGCGCCAUCGUCAACGACUCCAGCGCGACACUGCUGUCGCAAGCCUACCGCGACCCUUCAACCUGCAUGUCGCUCAUCCUGGGCACCGGGGUCAACGCGGCCGCCUUCCUCCCGACUACCGCCCUGGGCGCAGACAAAUUUGGCGAGCGGCCUGCCAGCUGGCAUGCAGCGGCCAAGCGUGUCGUCGUCAACACCGAGCUCAGCAUGUUUGGGAGGCAUGUGCUGCCGACUACACGAUGGGAUGAGGACCUUAACGCGCAGCAUCUGCUCCCGGACUACCAACCUCUCGAAUACCUCGCCACGGGCAUGUAUCUGGGGGAGAUUGUGCGUCUGAUCCUGUUGGAGGCCAUCCCCACCGCCGGGCUAUUUGAUGGCCAGAUUCCCGACCAUUUCGACACGCCCUACGCGUUGGAGACUCGGAUACUAGCGGCGCUUGAAAGCGACGACACACCCGAAUUGAGAGAUGCACGGGCGGCGUUUCUGAGCGCGCACCCCCUGCGCUCCGCCCCGAAGCGGCGAGAUCUGGAGUUCAUGCGGGCCGUCGCAAGAUUGGUCUCCCGUCGUGCGGCUGCCUACUUGGCCACCGCCUUACACGCGCUUUGGGCCGUGCGGACUAGCGCAGAGGGGGUUCGAGCGGAGGAUAGCAGCGCAGUGACGAUCGCAUGCGAUGGCUCGAUGGUGGAGAAGUACCCUGGCUUCCGGCAGAGGAUGCAAAAGCAUCUCGACGCACUGUGCGUCGUGUCCGGGGCCAAAGAAGGGGCGGUGGUGCUGCAAGUCGUGCCGGAAAGCUCGAUUCUUGGUGCGGCCGUGGCUGCAAGCUGUAAUGAUUGA